CUACUGGCUCAGUGAGUGGCCACCUGCUAGCGACCGACAUCGUCCCAUCGCUACCGACAACUCGGACUUGUCCCGGCGCUUUGGCUCACUCAACAAAGCUCCACGCACAACAAGGACAACUCCCGGUCUACCUUACCUACACACAUGUCUCGAUAGCAAGGCAAUAUAACCGCCCUUUUUCUCUUUCGCACCCAUUUGCCCUUCCGUCUACUGUUUCACUGCCCAUCGACAGUACCGGCCGGGCGACUCAACCCAUCCAGCUGGGUCGGAGACGGACGCCGACACCAGCUUCCCAACAAGCAACACAACAACCAACAAACCAUGUUUGAUCCAAACUACUCCAUGGAGGAUCAAGGGCAGCCAGUUGCCGCUGCACCGCCGGCCAACACCCGUGAUGAUGAUCACACAGCCCCCGACGCCGAUGGCUUCCUGAUAGACGGCUUCCCAGAGGGCCAUCAUUUGAGGAUCCACGAUGUACUCCGCAGCCAGCAGCAGCAGCAGCAACGCAACUAUGUACGGCGCCAUCAGGUUGCACGACGACGACAGCGACAUCCGUCGCACCACAAGAUUCAGAAACGCCCUUCAUUAACCACGACCCCAUCGGCAUCGUUGUCCACGACAACCGCGGCAAGGACAACAUCAGCGACAUCAACAGCUUCAGCACCCGCAUCCACAUCCGCAUCGGCAUCGGCGACAGCAUCGGCAUCAGCAUCGGCAUCAGCAUCGGCAUCAGCUUCAGUACCUUUAUUCAUUCCUUGGUGGCUAACGACAGAACCGGCUCCAAAGGUCGCAUCUCCAUCUGCUCGUCAUGUCGUCGACAAGUUGGCGCACGAGCUCAGCGUCCAAAACUUGCAACGGGAGGCUCUUCAAUUGGAGGCUCAAUCCCUUGUGCAACAGCAACAGCAGCAACAACAGCGGAAGGAGCAGGAGCAGCAGCAGGUGCCCUUGUCACCGCCAACUGCCAUGUCGCUGGUACCCGAUACCGCUGCUACUACCACUGCCGAUCAUCAAUCCUGGGCGGGAAUUGGCAGCCUCGAGGUGGAUGACGGGAUUCAGAUGGAUGAUGCAUUUGAGCUUGACGACGCGAACCUUCAAUCUCUUCUUCCCCCUUCAUUCCGCCAAAAUGAUUACUCUUCCAGUGCCGCGUCCUCGAUACCAAAUGCUCCUUCAUCAUCGUCAGGAAACACUUCGGAGAAAAAGAGGCAAGUAAAACACAGUGCCCAGACACAAUCGCGGAGCAUUCAGGCCCUGGUGGAGGAAAUGAUCGAAACCGGUACCCAGUGUAACGUUCGAAGCGCCCCUCUUCCAGCGCCAUCAGCACCCGUUCUAUCGACAUUAGACGACUUGAAAGUCGACCACGGUUACGAUUUUGCAUCAAUGGAGUUGGAGGUCGACGAGCGCUACCUUGACGGAACCGUUGAUGUAUUAGAGGAAGAACGGGCACUGCUCGAGUCGAUACAAGUACGGCGCGCUGGUAGUGGGCCGGCGGGUAUCCGGAAACACACGGUCGAGGGAACUCUCCCUCUCCGUUACCAGUUGUCGGCCGAGGCAGCCAUGCGAUGCGCGACCGUGGUACGGAGUCGGCCCCGAAUGCGCAGGCGAAAAGAGCACGGAACAGGUAGUGUGACCUCGUCGGUUGCCUAUUCGACCAAUUCGUCUCCCAUGGCCCAGCCUGUGCAACCCUCGGAACAACUGCCAUCACAAUACCUACCAGCGAUACCAUCAUCGUCAUAUCACACGCCGCCAUGAUGGACCUCGAAGAUCUUGUGUACAGAUUGAUUAUUGUAUGGGCGUGGGAGUGAGCCCAUUGUCGUUAUUUAUACCCAAUUCUACGACCGCAUAUGUGGAGCAUUUCAAGGAGUUCAGCUGGGAUCCAAUUCUUAUAUGU